CAUUCAUUCAUUCAUUCAUGCAUUCAUUCAUUCAUUCAUUCAUUCAUUCAUUCAUUCAUUCAUUCAUUCAUUCAUUCAUUCAUUCAUUCAUUCAUUCAUUCAUUCAUUCAUUCAUUCAUUCAUUCAUUCAUUCAUUCUCCCAGCAGAUCUCCAGUGGUAUUGCGAUGGUUGUUUUGAGCUUGGUCGCGUAGUGACAUUGUUUGAAACUCUUUGAGUAAACACUUGUUUAAUCAACAGGUAAAUAUGCUGGUCACGUGAUCUUCACGCUAGCUGGGGAUUUUUCAUGACGAUUGUGCUAUUUAUAGCGAUGAUGUAUCCGCCGGUCAUUUGCAUAUUUCCGAAUAAUUAUUGUACACGUACCAACUUUGUACAAUGACGUAUGCUGUCACGUGACCAGGGGAUUUUUCAUGACGUUUGCGCCAUUGAUAGGGAUGAUGCUGUUUCUUAAUGCUGUUAUUGUAUAUUGUGUUGUUACCAUGACUAGCCCUUGAUAAUAGCCUUUGGCUAGUUUGGUAGCCCUGGCUGUAUUUCUCAUGAUUAGGCUACACCAAUUUUAUUUGUUGUUUCUCGGAUUUUUUUCAGAAAAAAAAUUGGGUCGGUCGGUCGAAAAAACACUUUUGCAAAAUGUCGGGGGUAGGAGAGAUCGAUGGGCUUUCUCAAGUUACAGAUAAUUUAGGGAGCCCUGGUAGCAAAGUCCAAAUUUUGAAGAAAAAUUAUAAACGUACCGUCUAAAAUAGGCACGUACAGUUACUGGAUUUGAGGCACAUAGAUAAUUUGAGAAAUAAGAGGCUGUGAAAUUGUGUCAAGACGAGGUGUGGCCAUCAAUUUGAAAAGUUUUUGUUUUCAAAUCGGAAAAAAACGGUCGGGAAAUCCGAGAAAACAACAAAUACAACCGAAUAAAUCAAAUACACCGUUGGUCUGUAUAUCAGCUUGAAUAUAUUGUACAAACUUUUUGCAAUGACAUACAGAAAAUAUCCUAGUUCAGAAUAUUUUUGUGUGUUAUUGUUGUCUUCUCUGUGACUUGUUAGAAUAAAGAGACAGCGUGUUGCACGGUACUUUGUUAAAAUGCGGUCAUAUCGAAUCCCUAGAUAAACAAAGGCCGCACGAAUGAAUGCUUGUGAAAAGAAAGAAGAUUAAAAACGACCGAAGAAUGGACAUUACAGUUUGGGAGCAGGAGCCGAUCUAAAACGGACAUAUAAAACAAAACUCAGGACGAUUUAGUGCGUUUUGUUAUGAUAGUAAACAACGUUGCCUUAAUAUCUACACUAACCCCUUUAGUUUACAUAACGUUAUAGCCAUACAAGGACAAUUUUUGUAGACAAAUCAACGGCUCAACUACAUGAAUUGGGUUGUCCAUAUCAACCAACCAACUGCUUACAAAAUGAUUAGAUCAUAAAUGUCAGUAGACUGGAGUUAGGAGGUUCAACUCAAACACUGACCCACUUGUAGUGACUGACUCGUAUACUUAAUACUUAGUCUAGUACACUUCAGUCUCACGUAGUCUCGCGAUAGGUGCUAGUGAGACUUUCCAAAUAUGGUGGGGUAGCUAUGGCCACAAUAAUAUUUACGACGAUUUCAUCAUCACUCGGUGUACCGACCACGUGCUGCUUUAAGAGGGCUCUCCGAAGAUCCCUUGGGCACUUUGCGGUCGAAUUUGCAAGUUCCAGCUUCAAGCGUUCUUCAGGUGCAAGGAUGAACCACAGCCGGGAACUCAGCUCGCUGGAGCAGUUUUGCGGUGCACCUUUCUGGAGCGCUGACCUGCUGGACUCUGCUGCCCCGGAUGUGCCGCCAGGUUUCCAUGACACCGUGCUGGUGUGGCUGCCCUGCCUGUACCUGUGGGUGGUCGGCCCGCUGUACCUCCGCCAGCUGCACGGGAACAGCAAAGUCCGCAAACAGACGUCCCGCAGGCAUAUGGCACAAACAGUUCUCACUGCUCUCAUGUUGGCGGUGACCUUGCUGGAACUCUUCAACACCAUAGUUGAGUUUGCCUCAGACAUGGAGGUCGCUGCCGUUCAAAUCGUCAGACCACUAAACCUGGCAGUGACUGUGGCCCUGGCUGGAAUCCUGAUCCAGUAUGAAGAGGAGAGAGGAGUGCGGUCAUCAGGACUCCUCUCCACGUUCUGGCUGUUAUCCAGUCUGUGUGGAGCCGUCACGGCUAGAGACAAACUCCGCCAGAUGAUGGUACAGGAUGCCGUGGAGGACAAGUUCAGGUUCAUGACCUUCAGUCUGAACUUCAGUAUGACCGUCCUGCAGCUGGUCCUGUCUACAGUUAGUCAUGCCUCCAGCACGGAGCAGAUCUCCAGCCCGGAAGAGUCCAGCUCCUUCUUAUCAAGGAUAACUUUCUUGUGGUUUACUCCUCUUGUCAUGCUGGGAUACAAACGCCCUCUAAAGGCUGCAGAUCUCUACCCGCUGAAGACGGAAGACACAUCGCGACAUCUUGUUCCGAAAUUCCACCAUCUUUGGCAAAAUGAGCUGUUAAGAGGUCAAAAGCUUUCCAACAGCUCACAAGACGGCCCAAGCAGUGACAAACCCAAAGUGCAACUCACGGAUAAAGACGACGCACCUGAAGGCAAAGGCAAGGCGGCUAGGGCGUCUCUGUUCGCCGCGCUGUUCCGCUGCUUCUGGCCGCUCUUUGCCGGCACGGCGAUGAUCCACGCGGUUGCUAUCAUUCUCAAUCUGACUUGGCCACAGAUUCUCAAGCUCCUGAUAGGGUUCACAAAAGACCGGGAUGAGCCUGAGUGGAAAGGGUACCUGUACAUAGCCCUGCUGAUGGCGGUUACGAUGGCCAAUUCCCUGGUUGAUCAACAUUUCGUCCAUGGGUGCAGGACAUUGCAUCUUCGCCUGAAGACUGUUCUGAAAUCUGCGGUGUACAAAAAGUCCUUGACACUGACCAGCGAAGCCCGGAAGACUUUCACGGUGGGGUCCAUGACGAACCUCAUGUCCAUAGAUGCGCAAAGGGUCGCGGAUACCUGCUUUGAUGUCCAGUUCGUCUGGUCGAUGCCGGUGACGAUAGUGGGAACGAUGUACGUCCUGUGGAACUCUCUGGGUGUGUCCGCUACCCUGGCGGGGGUGGCCGCGGCAGUUCUGCUCGUUCCUCUUCACACAUGGAUGGUCUCAAAAAUGAAAGGGCUGCAGAAAACUAUAAUGGAACUGAAAGACACUCGGACCAAGUUGAUGAGUGAAAUGCUGAACGGCAUGAAAGUGCUGAAGCUGUACGGCUGGGAACUGUCAUUCAAGGCCAAGAUUGACGUCAUCAGGGAGAAGGAACUGACAGCUAUCCGACAUAUCGGGUACACGCGCGCUGUGCAAGGCUUCAUCUGGAACUUCACAUCUCCUCUGGUUUCGUUUGCGAUAUUUUCUGCGUACGUUCUAACGGAUGACAACAACGUUCUGGACGCUGAGAAGGUGUUUCUGGUUUACUCUCUCAUGGAGACCAUGAAGUUCUCAUUCGGCGUUCUGCCACACCUCUACAUCAACCUUCAGCAGGCUAAGGUCUCCUUAGGACGUAUAGAAGACUUUCUAAGACAGGAUGAGCUGAAUCCUGACGAUGUGCGGAGAAAUAUGACAGGACCUCCAAUCUCCGUACGCGAGGGAACAUUUAGCUGGGGGAAAGAAGAUGAACCCAUACUAAAAGACAUCAACUUCUGUAUCCCCGACGGUGCUCUGGUGGCUGUGAUUGGUCAGAUCGGCUCGGGGAAGUCGUCCCUUCUGUCCGCCCUGCUGGGGGAGAUGGAGAACCGGACAGGAGACGUUUCUGUCAAGGGAAGCACAGCGUACGUUUGCCAACAGCCGUGGAUCCAAAACGCAACCCUGCAGGACAACAUUCUGUUUGACAGUCCCAUGGACGAGCGCUGGUACAGCAAGGUCCUGGACUCCUGCGCCUUGCGGCCGGAUCUGGAGAUGUUGUCUGGAGGGGACCUGACUGAGAUUGGGGAGAAGGGUAUUAACCUGAGUGGUGGACAGAAGCAGCGGGUGAGCCUGGCCCGGGCCGUGUACAGUGGCGCGGACGUGUACUACCUGGACGACCCUCUCAGCGCUGUGGACGCACACGUCGGGCGGCACAUCUUUAAUCACAUCAUCGGUCCGAACGGCUUGCUGAAGAAUAAGACCAGACUGUUGGUGACCCACGGUACCAGUUUCCUGUCGCAGUGUGACCAGGUCAUCGUUCUACAGGACGGCAGGAUCUGGCUCAUGGGAGACUACCAUAGCCUGAUGGAGCAGAGCCAGGAGUUCGCUCAGUACAUCCGUACCUACACCAACAUAGUGGAGGGGCAGUCGGACUCAGCUGGAGACAAUACCGAACGGAACAAGAAAGAAGUGAGGAAGGAUCCGACCAUACCCGAAAACAGCAAGGGGCACGACUUGAAAGGGAAAGUUAAGGACUUGACCAGCAUCAACGGUCUUCGAAAGCGACUACAAAAGCCACCAUGUGACGGUGUAACAGACUGUCGAGGCCAGGAACAAAAUGAAGGUCAAGACUUUCCGACCCCUGCUCAGUCUGGAGACAAAGGAAAACCGAAGGAGCAAACACAACUCCUGCAGGACGAGGAAGAGGAGCAGUCUACUGGGGUAAAGUUGUCUGUGCUUGGAGGCUACAUCAGGUCCUUCGGUAUCGGGAUGUUCACCUGCAUGUUUCUGCUGUGCUGUGGGCAGCGCGCCGCCAACCAUUACUCAAUCAUACUGCUCAGUGAUUGGACCAGCGGCAGCCCCACCAACGACUCUCAGCACACCGGCCAGGUCCAUCUCCGCCUGGGGGGGUAUGGCGCACUAGGCCUGGCAGAAGGACUCUGUUCGAUGUUGAUACAUCUGUGUGUGGUAGAGGGCGCUUACCUCGCCUCCAAGCGCGUCCACGACAAAGCCUUGCUCCACCUCCUCCGGGGAGCGCUGCAGUUCUUUGACGUCACUCCGCUGGGCCGCAUCCUCAGCCGCUUCUCUCAGGAUCAGGACCGUGUCGACAAAGGGAUACAAUGGGUCAUAUGUGGAUGUACCUACGUCAUUCUGUGGACCGUCGGCACCUUGUUCGUAGUCAUCUUCUCCACCCCACUCUUCGUUGUGAUGCUGUUGCCGAUUGCUUGCCUUUACUUCUACAUGCAGCGAUAUUUUAACGCGACGGCCCAGCAGUUGAGAAGACUGGAGUCCAAGCGCGGCACCGCCAUCCACUCCCACUUCAGCGAGACGCUGCAGGGGGUCAGCACCAUCCGGGCCUUCAGCCGCUGUCAGCAGUUCGUAACACAACACCAGGCAAGGGUGGACGAGCAUCAGACGGCAUUCUACUGCAACUACAUGACGGAAAUCUGGCUUACGACAGGCCUGGAGCUGACCGGGAAUGCCAUCACCCUGGCUGCCACCUUGCUGGCGGUACUCGGACGGGACAGCCUCAGUCCAGGCACUGUGGGGCUAUCCAUAUCUUCUGCAAUGAUGAUUAACGGGCUGCUAAACCGGCUGGUGCACACCACUGGGCAUCUGGAGAUGAACGUGGUGUCUCUGGAGAGACUACAGCAGUACGCACACACGCCUGCUGAGGCUGAUUGGAUUGCUGAGGACCAUAGACCACCUGACCAAUGGCCAACAGAGGGGAAUAUCAGCCUCAGUUUGUACAAGACUCGCUACCGAGAAGGACUGGACCUUGUCAUAAAGGACAUCACGGUCAACAUCAGCGGUGGCGAGAAGAUAGGGAUUGUGGGCAGAACUGGAGCUGGAAAGUCGUCCCUGGUGUUGGCCAUCUUCCGCAUCAUCGAGGCCGCAGGAGGAGACAUUGUCAUAGACGGGGUCAGGAUCGCCAACAUCGGGCUGCACGACCUGCGCUCCCGCAUCACUGUCAUCCCUCAGGACCCAGUCGUCUUCUCGGGCACUCUGCGCAUGAACCUGGACCCGUUUGAGAAGCACACGGACGCGGAGCUCUGGCGCGCCCUGGACCUGGCUCAUCUCAGGGAUUACGUCAUGGGUCUAGACAAGCAGCUAGAUCAUGACGUCAGCGAGGGUGGCACAAAUCUCAGUGUCGGACAGAGGCAGUUAGUCUGCCUGGCCCGUGCCUUGCUGAGGAAGUCCAAGCUACUGGUUCUUGACGAGGCCACGGCGUCGGUUGACCCUGAGACAGACGCCCUGAUCCAGACAACCAUCCGGACACAGUUUUCCGACUGUACCGUACUGACCAUAGCUCACAGACUCAACACUAUCAUGGACAGCACAAGGAUCCUUGUUCUUGAUGGCGGGAAGGUGGCGGAGUUUGACACACCAGAGAAUCUCAUCAACUCCAAGGGACUCUUCAGCAGCAUGGUCCAAGAUGCCGGUCUGGUGACACAGGGGUGUUGAUGUAGCAUUUGCGAAACGAUGAAUACGGGAAAGAUAAAAUGCCCCUUCGUCUUGCAACGUAUAGCUAUUAGGGGUGGGUACCGGUACAGAAAAGUCUGGUCCGGGUCCGGUUCAGGUCCAAAGGAUCA